AUGAACGGCUCCACCUCUGUCUUGCCUUCACCCCCAAAAGUACCGUAUCCAUCUGCACCCGCAUCUGGGUCUGUAUCUGUAUCUGCACCAAGCACGUCGCCGCUGAUGGACAAUGCACUGAACAAGGGGCUGAGAGAGCGAGAACGGGAGCGAAAGCGAACUUCAUUCCCAGCACAGUCUUCUCCCAACCGGCGUCUGCACAAGCCGACCCAGUCGCUUACCCACCGACGACGCAUAUUCACCAACAGCGAUGCCUCAUCCGACGACGACUCACAUAAGCAUCCUCAUGGCGAAGAAUCCGCUGCCGUAAUUUCUGGGGGUCCCCCCAGCCGACAGCGAAGCCCUAUCAGCCCGACCCCCGCCUUCCCGUCGCUUGUCACCGAGUCUCGCCCCUCUCCUACUCUGCGCUCUCCCAGACGCCGCUCCCCAUCGCCUGCAGACUCCUCCAGUUCGUCAUCGUCGGCAAAGACACCCACUCGCACUCGCACACGUGAGGAGCGGGCUCUGGCUUCGACUUCUGGCAUGGGUCGCAAGGUUGCAGCAUCAUUGCAAUUAUUCAAAGAAACUUCAACUAGCGUGGGUGAUGUGGAACUGGCCUCUGUGUCUAUAGAGCACCAUACCGUCUCGGCACACCAUAGGACCGGAACUAUCAAGGGAAAGCCACCCGCAAUUAUAUCGCCCCCAAUCCGCUCAACUGACGGUGUCGAGGAGGUUCGAGAAGCCCAAUUUGUCUCGCGAGCUGAUUGGCCAGAUCGCAAGCCCACCCAGCGCACCAAGUCGUUUGUCCUCGAGCGAACAGACAUCCGGGAACUCGAAACAAACGAGCACGACAAUAGCGCUGCCGAGCGAAGGAAUACCUCAGAGGGUCUUAAUAUCUCCUUCGACGAUGUGUUUGACGACCCUCGCGGUCGUAGCUGGCAGCGAUCCGACCCUUUACCAUCUGUAUUCGGCAGCAGCACGAGCGUCAGUCGUAGCCCGGAUGCUGCCCGUCCCAUUCGGAGCAUCAGGCAGGAAUCUCCCCAAAGGGGCCUGUCUAUGCCCUCGCCAACCUCGGUGAGUACGCCAUUUCGCGAGGAGGCGGGCGAGGAGGACGAAUUACUGUCUACCACCCCCACCACUCGCCCAGAACAGCACACUCAUGACAAACAGACCCCUCUCACCCCCCGUCCUAACCGCCGCCCGUCCAUGUCUCCUAUCAUCCGUCGUAUAGAAUUUUCCCAGCCCUCUGCUACCACCUCCCGAUCAUCUCAUUCCCGUCCCUCUAUUUCUCGCACCACGUCAACCAACAAGGUACCGACAACUACCACAGAAGUCAUUCUUGAUAUUCCUUCUCCCACUUCUCGCACGGUUGUCGAGAAUCCUCUCGAUGCUACUCCUACCAAGCAUUCUCAGCCAUCUCCUAUUCCUGUACCACCUGCUCCUACCCCUCCGAAACGUCUCAGUCCUUAUGCUGCGUAUUCAGAUUCAUCAGAAUGGGAGACCACAUCCGUCACAUCUGGCUACUCGGAUGCAUCAACACUAUCCAGAUCCUACCCAACUUCCGGUUCUCAAAUAAAUGGCCACUGCCCAGCCGAUAAUCCUGAAUAUGGCGAUGUAUCAGACGAUGAGGACAAAAACGGAGGUCUGGGCAAUGAUCGACAUGAUGAUCUCGAGUCCCUGAAUUUGGAUGGUGACCUACCUCCAGUCCCCCUCCGUCCUUUUCGGAAUCAAGUCGGGGGGCAUAGUGCAAUUUACAAGUUUACCAAACGUGCUGUUUGCAAGCCAUUGGUCAGUCGGGAAAACCUAUUUUACGAAGCGGUGGAAAGAGAUGCUCCCCCUCUAUUAGGAUUUAUCCCGCGUUAUUUGGGAGUAAUGCUUGUCAACUAUCGUCGUAGUCGACGUCCCUCUCACCCACCCACCCCAGCGCUUAUUCCUGAUCAACUCGAGAGUACGACCGAGACCAAUCAUUCCGUAUCUCCGGCUCGUCCUCCUGUUCAAAAGGCUGCAUCUGCCGGCUCCCCAGUCAUCAGAGCUAACCUAGACGAGACCCAUUCAACGGAUGACGAGCUUCCGGAGGUGGCGCUUGAUCGCAAUACUCACAUGAUGCCAACUUGGAUGCUCCGACGAAAACGAGGUCUCCGCGCGCAUUCAAGCUCUGGUUCGGUAGACACCAUGGGCCGACUCGAACAAGUGUCCGAGUCUACUCCUGAGCUUAGACAUGAUGUCACGACUCCCAAGGCUCCUUCAUUGGUCACAACCGGACUUCAAACCAACUUGGCAGGGAGUGCCAUCUCUAGUCCUCUGUCCAAGACAUUUAUCCCCACAAACCGACGAGAUGAGAGCGCUCCGACACCUGCCAAUUCCCCUGAUCAACACAUGGGUACCAGAUCGCUUCCCCCACACCUUGGCGGCCAAGCCGAGGAGUCGGGAGAAAGAAGCAUGGACACCGUCCGCCCUUCGUUCUUGCGACAAUCGGGCUCCUUCCACCACUGUUCGAUUGGUCGUAUGGAUCCCCGAUUCACUACCGUAAACACCCGAUUGAAGGACCAUAUAUUCAAGGAUGUUCUCAAGCGCUUCCGACGCAAGGCUGCUGCUUCCAUCGGCGGCAUACGAACCGAAGAUGAGGGAGAAAUUGCAGAUGGAGAAGGCGAAGGAGCUGCCAGCCGUCGUAAACGCCGUGGCCGUCUCCGGCGCAGGCUCCUUGACGAUACUGCUCCGCGUACGUCAGGCGAGAGCACGGCGCUACCGCCCAAGGCUCAGACAGCUCCUGCGUCUCCUAUCUUGCGCAGGGUACAGAGUGACGCAUGUUCACACUGGAAGAUGAAUAUCGCCCAGACCCUGCUGUCCGCCCCGCACUCUAAGGAGCCGGAGCCGCAGUUUGGGCCCAACGCGCUCGCAACUCGUCGCUCGACAACUCCGCCUUCGCCUCAGCAUUCGCUGCUCCAACCCCCCAUCACGCGCCAGGAGCAUUUCAUUUUACUCGAAGACCUCACCGGGCGGCUGAAGAACCCGUCGGUGUUGGACUUGAAGAUGGGGACACGGCAGUACGGCGUCGAUGCUACGGCCGCCAAGAAGAAAAGCCAGCGCAAGAAGUGCGAUCGGACCACGAGUCGAACGCUUGGGGUACGCAUAUGCGGAAUGCAGGUCUGGAACACAGUCACUCAAUCGUACGUCAUGCAGAACAAGUACACGGGGCGUGAGAUUCGCACCGAGGACUUCCAGAGCAGGCUCGAGUCGUUCUUUCAUGACGGGGAGCGGCUGCUGGUAUACCAUAUUCCGCCGCUCUUGCAGAAAUUGUAUGCGCUCGCUCGGAUUAUUCACCGACUGAAGGGGUACCGGUUCUACGGCUGCAGCCUGCUCUUUAUCUACGAUGGAGACCGGGAGGCGCAAGACGCAUAUAUUCGAGCUGCGUCCGAGAAUCCCUCGUCCCGGACCAAACGCGGUGAAUCACUCGAUCGCGAAAAUGGCCGGGCCGCCGAGACCGAUACGACGCGCAAAACGUUGCGUCGCACUGCCAGCGAGGACGUCUUGGACGGCCCAACAGCUAAACGAAGUGGCAAACGUAAACGCGGAGAAGUCAAUAUCCGCCUUGUUGAUUUUGCGCACACGAUCACCGGCAAAGAAAUUACGAUUGUCCCGCCUGAGAACGAUGAGGACGAGCAAGCCAAGUCCAAAGGGUACGGGACGAUCGUGGAUCCUUCGGGGAGGUUGUAUGCUCGAUUCCCGCCGCAUCGGCCUGAAGAACCCGAUUAUGGGUUUUUGUUUGGGAUCAAGAAUUUAUAUUCGACUUUGUGCGCGAUUUGGAACGAAGAGCGGGCGAAGAGGCAUAAGCUUGCGCAACGCUCGAGUAUCGAUCAGUUGCCUGCGCUUUCGACUGAAGGCAAGCAAAUUUUUGAUGAGAUUUUCGGAACGUCUCACCGGUCUGGAGAUACCAAUAUCGACCUUGGAAUGUUAUCCACCUAA